UAUCAAGAACGUCUCGCAAAAGGCUCAGUUCUUAUCCAACUUGAAGAUAUCCUAGGAACUCCCAAACUCGAGGAUUGCUAAAUCAAGGAUCAGGAUAGCGUGAAUAUUAAACAAGAUUAACGGAAGUGUUUCGGUGUCAAGUAAUCGACCCGCUAGAGUCCGAAAGAACCCGCGAAUAAACUUUUAUCCAGCUACCGGUAGACGCGAAUCCAAUUUUGGAAGUCGCACCAACCGGUAAAUGAUGGACGGAGGUCCCUUCGACGAUCCGAUCUUCUCAGACUUUGGCGGACGAGGAGGCACGGGUGUCCACAGCAUCCAGGUGAUGCUGGGUCUGCACGGCGGCCAUCACGCUGGAGAUCUGAUGCCCACCGGCGGGCACCUACACAAAUUGGACUCCUCGAACAGUCCUCCUCCGCACCAUCAGACCUCUCAUCACCACCUGCAACAGCAGCAGCAACAGAAGGAGCUGAAGGAGCUCGAGCUAGCUGGGAUGUACGCGCCUCUUCCUCAGACCCAGGACGUGACCACCUCGACGUCCAGCGCGGCGACGCCCACCUCCACGACGCUCCAACAGGGCCUGCAAAUCGGGAAUCCGUUGAAGAGGAAGCCCGAGGAUCCGAUGAACACCCUCACGCCAGUCAGCAACGAGGCCCAGCCAGCCAAGAAAGAUUCCAAGAAGAAGACUGAUAACAAUGGAAUAAAGAAGAAAAAGACUAGAACAACGUUCACGGCGUAUCAGUUGGACGAGCUGGAGAAGGCUUUCGAACGCGCGCCAUACCCUGACGUUUUCGCGCGCGAAGAACUCGCUCUGAAGCUCGCCCUCUCGGAGUCCAGGGUACAAGUUUGGUUUCAAAAUCGGCGCGCCAAGUGGCGAAAGAGGGAACCUCCUCGCAAGACCGCCGGGUACAUGGCUGCUGGUUCUGCGAGCCCUGGUUUAUCAGGAUCGUUCACCUCGUUGAACAACACGCUGAAUCCUUUUGCGUCUCCCACGACGGCGACGGCGCCGCCUGACGCCUGGGCUUACUCACCCGCGUACGACUUGGCGCCCCACCUGAAUUUGCUCAGCCCGUCGAAUUCUCCUUACUCGACGUCGUUCGGGGGCCCGAGCAACAACGGUUCGGCGUACUCGUACGCGACGAUGCUGCCACAGCACGACGCGUCGCUGUUCUCCACGCCCUCGGGCAAUACGAUGCGCGUUCAUCAGGAUUACAUGAACGCUAGCAACAGUCCGCCACCUCUGACUCGCAACGAUUAUCAAACGAUGGUGACCGCCCACUCGCCUCCCACCCACCUGGCCAACUCCAUGUCCGAGGAGGAACACCAGCAAAACAAACAGCUGGAGUACGUGAGCGGUCUCAGCCCCGCGGACAAGUAUCAACACGAGCAGGCGGACUACGCGCAACAGCAGCACCAGCAGCAGCAACAGCAAGAACAGAAGCAGGAGUACAGCAUGCACUCGCCUCAGGGCCGCCAAGGCAUGAAGGAUCAGGUGAUCGUGAAGACGGAGCCAGGAACCCAACAGAAUUAUGUGCAGCUGCCUCCUUUUCUGAACUGACUCGAAACCUCCGUUCUAGACUUGUUCUAGAAGAAUAUCGAUAGAGAUCCCUGUAUGUACGACGAUGAUAAGGGAGGCAAUUGUUGGAGUCUUAUUUAAGAGCUAUUAGAUUGUCUUCUUUAUCGUCGUUCUAGGGCCUCUUGGCCCUCAUUUAAGGGGAAGCCUGAGAACAGACGCUUGCUCGAGAGUUUCGUUUUCGUUUUGGGUCGAGAGCGUCCGGGGAAUCGUCGAGUCUUGUAUAUAAAAGUGUUCUUUUAAUUAUGUUAUUACGCGAACGAUCUUCGCGUAUGUAAAAGAGAAGUUAACCCUCUGUAACACCGCGUAUCUCUGAGGUCACGUGUUCACCUAUAUUUACUAUGUCUGACUUACAACUAGGGGAUACGAUCCACAUUUGAACUUGCAUUCCAUAAUCAGCGUUUAUCAGUGGUUUAUGAUAUAAUUUGUUACAGAAGCUGAAUAUAAAUUUGAGUUAUAGAGGGUCGUUAAAAGUCAGUCUAUAUCAUCGCUACAGAUUGCAAUCAAAUGGAGAAAAAUCGUCAAAACUGAGAGCUAUAUCCCCUCUAUCACAUUAUACCAGUUCAUGAAUACAUUAUUAUCUAUGUUGUGCCAAAAAGUGAACAAAAAAAGUAAAAAUGUAUCAUCUAAAUGGGACUCCGUUAUUUAAUGUUUCGAUUCUAAUAUCUAUCGAUCUUUGUCGAUCUUCGUUUUUGGCCCUCUGGCGAGCCUUCUGAACCUUAAUAAGUUGCUCGCCAUAUAUGUGUACUGUCCCCCUGGUGUUGUGUUAAUUAAAUCUCUAUUCCAUGAAUUUUAUUUUUGAAAAAAAAAGAAAUUCAUUAUUUAUACGUACAUAAAUUAGUCAAUGUUCAAGUGACAUCUUCUUUUCCUCGUGACGGUGUCGCCAAACGUAGCACAAUAUAAAUAAUAAUUUAUUUAACUAAUAUAAUUGCAAAUCGCACCGUGUACUGUCAAAGAAUAGGUGCAAUUAAUUUCCACGAAUUUUCAAAAAGAAAUUUCAAGGACAGGUUUCGAAAUGAAAGUUGAUAACGUUUAGUAAUGUUUUUAUAAUAAACAUGUACUAGUAAUAACAAAUAUUUUAGGGAUAAACGAAGAAGUGCGUUGUGUUAAACGAAAUUAAUGUUAAUGCGGAUUAAACAAAUGGAAGCAUUCCAAGUGCCUUAAAAACGUAGAUUAAGAUGACGCGCAAGUUCCAACAAAUGAAUGCGGCUAUUUUUGUAUUUUUCUCUCUCAUUUGUUCGAACGUAAAUGUCGCGUAAAAUUCGAUUGUCCUUACGUUCUAUGAUAUUAUACGUAUUUUAUGGUGA